AUGGCGGUCGCACCUGGGUUUUCAAUCACAGAACUCGUUCAAGUUCUUUACAGAUGCAAGGACAUAUAUCGAGCCUUCUGCAGCAAGGACGAUAGCGCGGCUGUGCGCCUAACAGUGUUCGGCGAGGAGCUCGAUCGUGUGGAAGAGGAGCUACGAUUCGAUGAUCAGAUAUUCAGCUGGACCGGCCAGCACUAUCCAGGGUUGAAGGCCUUCGACUCUAAUCUCAAGGCGUAUCUGAAAUUCCUCGACAACAACUUGUCAAUAUUCAACAAAGCCUACAUUCGCAACCCUGGCGGCGCACUGCGCACGUUGCUGACAGCAUUCGACGAUGAACUCCCCCAAUACAGAGAUAGGUUGAGUUACGACCGCCAAGAGUUCUGCAGCUACAAGCUCAGAGUCUUACUCGAGCAUUCAUUCAGACGAUCAGAGCAGCCUGAUGCGCCUGCUGGCCAUGAUGUUUUCCAGAGACCAGCGUCGUCGAUGUGCCGACCAGCACAGGCUUUCACCCUACCGCCACCUGACCCAAGCACGGAGCUUGUCUUGAUACUCAAUUAUAUAGAGUCACUCAACAACCGCUUUUGGUCAUGUUAUUCUCAAAUAUGCCAACAGAAUGGACUACCCGAUGAUUUCCCGGUGCCUGUGAUACCGCUUGACGAUCUGCAGAAGUACUUGGACAGCGCCAGGCAGAGUUAUGCUCUGCAGAGUUCUGUUCGUACGUUGCGAUCUAGAUCGGACGUAGAAGUGCUCCAGUCUCGUUUCUGCCAGGUCAAUAUCCUGGUAGGGCUGGACGACCCCAUUUGCGCAGUUCAGUAUCUCAUGCUGGGACGGACGUGUCGCUUCGUCAACGCACAGAAGCAGACGCUAUUCGAACACUAUCUCCGAGACCGCGAUCAUUGUUUCUCACGUUUCAACGUCGACAGGAAGCCACUGACUCUCGGCUUCCUGGACGGACAACAAAUCACCAAUUACCCGGCCACUACGCAGCCCGAGUACAAAUUCUACGAUAAAGGAGCCUACGAGCAGUUCCAAAUCGACAUAGAACAAAAGGCUUUGCUGCUGGAGUCUCGCAUAAUCUCCAUGAAAUCUGAGUCUUUGAAGGAGUCGACUGGAAAUGCGAUCAACUUUUGUGCUAAACUCUGA